UGAGCAAGCUCUGCCUCCAACCACCACGAACACCUUCUCGUAAAUCGACAACAUGUUUUCCUCGUUCUUUUCGACUUCCGCCCCUGUUGACCCAACAGCCCCAAACUUCCAUCCCGUUUCUACCGGCAAGGGUCCCAACGAGCUUUUUGGCGAGCUUGAGCCAAAGGACACCGAAUGGUUGUGUUCCGGCGGGUUCGUCGCCGAGACUCAAAUCUGGUACCAUAUUCUGGAGGAUGGAACGAGUUUGAUGGUCCAGAUUAUUCACUCGUCCAUAGGUGUAUGGUAUCCCACCGUUCAGGCCACCUGCAGGAUCUACAAUCCAAACACCAAGGAGACCACUUGGCGCUCCAUCAAUGUCUCCAAUUUCACUACUCCCCCGCCCGGUCUCGAUAAACGAUCGAGCAGAUCCGACCAGUUCACCAUCACUCACAAGACUCUUCCUAAAUCCUCCGACUCUCCUUCCGAAUACGCUGAAUCCUAUACCAUCAAUGUCAACUUCUCCAGUGACCUUCAGAUCUCCCUAGACGUCCGUCGUCCUACCUCUGUUCCCGGUUUUAAGAUCGGAAAGGGCCCCAAGGGAGGAUACUCCUAUUUCGGCCACGACCUUGAGAAGCCAGACGGAUACGUCAUCCACAGGUUCUGGCCGAGGGCUGUCGCGACUGGUCAUGUCAUUCAGAACGGCAAAGCGACGAGCGUCGAGGGUCCCGGCAUGUUCGUGCACGCCAUCCAGGGCAUGCGCCCCAACCUCGUUGCAGCUCGCUGGAACUUCGGGCACUUCCAAAGCCAACAGCAUGGAGGUGUCUCCGCGAUCCUCAUGGAUUUCACCACGAUAAACGACUACGGAGGGAAGGGUGCGGGGUCUGGCUUCGUCAAUGUCAGCGUAGGGGGCCUCGUAAUUGCGAAUAAGCUCGUCGCAGUGACGGCGGAGACGAAGUGGCCGGGAGAAGAGCAGGAUGCGAAUGCGGUGGUCAAGUCCAGGGCUACUCACCUGGACGCCGCUCACGAUCCCGAUACCGGCUAUGAUGAGCCCUCGCGACUCCUCUUCCACUGGGCUGGCCCUUCGCUUUUGCCCGAGGCACCAGGCAACGUGACUGGGACGAUAAAUGUUGAUCUGGGAGGUCCUGGAAAGGAGAAAGGUUUGAUCGAGAAGGUGGACUUUUUGGCGGAGAUUCCGACUGUUGUCAAGGCCGUGGUGAGCUAUGUGGCGGGCACGAAGCCAUACAUUUAUCAGUGGCACAACCCUGGGAAGAUUACGCUCACUGGUCCGGAUGAAAUCUUACCUGGCUUGUCGGGUGGGUUGGAGGCGGAAGGGUACAUCUACAACGAGUGUACGUUCAUCUCCUAAAGAAGGAUAGAAGCAAGGACCCGAGUCCGAAUACCUGUACAAUAAUCGACCGCUCCGGAUACGCAUGCAUAAUGAUUGUAAACACCUCGACUCUUGACAUCUCCAACCAUUGCUGUGCUUUUAUUGUUCAAAGUGCACUGUCAAGGUAUGAUGCAGUGAGAACAAUGCGAGCUGAGGCGCCAUGGCAUUACUGUGAACAGCGCCGAGCUCUUGUCUAAACGCUUCAGAACUUGACAAGUGACCGUACUACUCAGAAUUCU